AUGACUUCGUUUUCAUCUAUUCCAUGGGGUUAUCUCGAACCAAUAAACAAUAUCUAUCCCCGAGGAGUUUUAACCAAACCUUCUUACACUAUCGGCCGUCAUCCUACUGAAUGUGACAUUAUUCUCGAUUCGAAAGAACUUCGACAACAUGAAUAUUUCAUUCAUUUAAGUUCCAAACAUUUUCUCGUCGAAUGCACUGAUAACGGUCGUUCAAUAUACUUUCGUGAUGUUAGUAGAAAUGGAUGUUAUAUCGAUGGAGAUUUGAUACAUCACUCGAAGAUUCUACUACAAAAUAGUGAACAUGUUAUUUCUCUUGCGUUGAAAGAAAAUCGUGCGUAUCGAUUUAUACGUUUAUCCGGUUUAUUCGAUGUGAUUAAUCUUGAUGAACGUUAUUUAAAAGCCAAUCUGCUCGGCUCGGGAUCAUUCGCGAAUGUUUAUCGAGCGAUUUCACAUGUGACAAAUACACGUCGAGCAAUCAAAAUUAUCAAUAAAGAUCAAUGUGAGAGACAAAUCGGCCCUGGAUUUUCCAAAUAUCUCUAUCGUGAAGUAUCGAUUCAUGGAAGUGUCGAUCAUCCUUGUAUUCUUCGCCGGUUUGAUGUUUAUCAUGAAAAGUCCGAUUUAUACGUCGAAAUGGAAUAUGCCGCAGGAGGAGCGCUACUCGAUCGAAUACAUAAGACGUACAUUAUGGAUGAAGAUGAAUGUAAAUUUAUUUUUUAUCAAAUUGGAUGUGCAUUGGCAUAUUUACAUCGAUUAAAGAUCGUUCAUCGAGAUAUAAAACCAGCGAAUGUUCUUCUCAUGUCAAAUGAACGAGAAACAGUUGCGAAACUAAGCGACUUUGGUGUGGCGAAGUAUGUCUACGCGUCUUCGAGAUAUCUCAACACGACCAUCGCUGGUACACAGCAAUUUAUGGCACCAGAAGUACAAUUUCAAACAGGACAUUCAACAAAUGCAGAUGUUUGGUCGUUUGGUAUGACUCUGUUAAAUGCAUAUGUUGGUGAUACCGUGUUUCGUUUACGUGGUAUCCGAGCGUUGAAUUCAGUUUCACAUACGAAGAAAGACUUGAAAGAAAUCAUCACGAAGACUCUAGAGAAGAAUACAUAUGCUCGACCAGAUAUGAGUCAAUUAUUUCGUUAUUCGUGGUUUCGCGAUAGCACGUGUUUCGAGCGAAUUCAAAAACUUGUUCAUGUGCAGACUGGAUACACAGUUGGUAAAGCUCACAGAAUAGUAUCGUUCUUGUCAACAACGGCUCGGUUAGAUACGAAGCAGCAAAGACUUUGUCCUUUGUACAAUUGA